CCCACGUCAUUCCGUCAUCGCUGCAACCCAUUGUUCUCGAGAGAUAUAUAUACACCCAACGUUCUGCUACGGACCCCCAAUUCACAUCGCUCACACCACUACAACCUCGACGUGGCUUCCAUACGCAUUACACGAAGACUCUUUGCUACGAUGACUUCUACUGAAGGAAAGAACCCGACUCGCGUCGCCGCCGGCCUGAAGGCUGCCAUCCACAACCCCAACGUCUCCGAGGAGGCACGGGAUCGUGCCGCAGACAGGCUCGAGGACAUCAGCGGUAACGGCGGCGGACAUGGAAACGGUACCACGACCACCUCUUUCGAGGACCAGCACAGCAACCGCGAGCUGGGCGGCUACAAAGCGACCCUGCACAAUGACCGCAGCUCUGACGAGGCUAAGGAACACGCGCGAGAGGUGCUCGAGGCCGCCGGCUACACCGUCGAGCCGGGCCCUGGCGUGAGUCCCGACGAGCAUCAAACUCGCGUCCUCGCCGGUUACAAGGCUGCUUUGCAUAACCCUCGCGUGUCCGAUGCAGCUAAGCAACACGCCAAGAUAUACCUGCGGGAGCACGGCGCGGCGAAUUAGAUGAGAAGUCAAAAGACUGAAGCAAUAUUAGUUGUAUCAUAGUGUAUCUAUUAGCUAUGUAACUCAAAGGGAUCUCGGUUGGCGCAUUGCAUUGCGUUGCGACCUC